CACGUCGGUCAUGCAGCACUACGGGGUGAACGGCUACUCUCUCCACGCCAUGAACUCACUGAGCGCCAUGUACAACCUCCACCAGCAGGCGGCGCAACAGGCCCAGCACGCCCCUGACUACAGGCCUUCAGUGCAUGCACUUACUCUUGCAGAGAGACUGGCUGACAUUAUCCUUGAGGCCCGAUAUGGCUCCCAGCACCGAAAGCAGCGGCGGAGUCGCACGGCCUUCACCGCCCAGCAGCUGGAGGCCCUGGAGAAAACCUUCCAGAAGACCCACUAUCCUGAUGUGGUGAUGCGUGAACGCCUGGCAAUGUGCACCAACCUGCCCGAGGCACGAGUGCAGGUCUGGUUCAAGAACCGUCGGGCCAAGUUUCGCAAGAAGCAGCGCAGCCUGCAGAAGGAGCAGCUCCAGAAACAGAAGGAGGCGUCAGGAGCAGCUGAAGGCUCUCCAGAGGACUCCAAGACUGACCUCACUACUGCCAACACCACUACCACCACCACCACCACCACCCUGGUUCCUGAGGCCCGCACCCCACCCCUCCCCUCCUCCCUAUCGUCCUGUCACUCAGAGGAGAGGCUGGAGGCGGCAGGGCCCCAGCCUGACGAGAUGAGCGUGGAAGUCAAUGUCACCUCCCCUGAGCCAUCGGACAGCGAGUCAGCAGCGGAAGAAAAUGCUGACAGAGAAGAGGACGAAAUGAGGGCGGGGACCAGGGUGAAGAUCAGGGAGGAGACGCAGGGGGAGGGGGGGGUGCAGCCAGGUGGCAGCUCCCCAUCCUGCAAACGACUCAGUCCUGCACCAGACUCUCCCCUGAGCUCCCCUGCCUUGCCGUCCUCCAGCAGUGCGAGCGGCAGUUUGGCUCAGAGCAACUCCUACGCCUCAUCCCCCCUCAGCCUCUUUCGGCUGCAGGAGCAGUUUCGGCAGCACAUGGCCGCCACCAACAACCUGGUGCACUACCCGUCCUUUGACAUGAGCACGCCGUCCUCUCUGCCCUACCUGGGCAUGAACGUCAACAUGCCGUCCCCACUGGGCUCACUGCCCUGCCAGUCCUAUUACCAGACGCUGUCACAGGCCCAGCAGGUGUGGAACAGCCCGCUGCUGCAGGCGGCGCCAGGCAGCCUCCCUGGAAGCCUCAACAGCAAGACGACAAGCAUUGAGAACCUCCGCAUGAGGGCUAAGCAGCAUGCAGCCUCACUGGGAUUGGACACGCUCCCCAACUGAAGCUCCUGCAGGCUGCUCAGAUUCUAUGUUCGGUUUUUGAUCUGUGUCUAGCUAUGAAUUAUGGGCCCUGUCAACAGGAAGUCACUCUGGCUCCCCGACAUUUUCCUCUUGGCCUCUCAUCACUGUCAGCAUCCAAAAACACACUGAGAAAUAAAUCAGUUUUUUUUGUCUGCUACCCAAUUGGCUGAUCAUUCUAAAAUUCCUCAGUUCCAAAUCUGUUUCCUACUUUAACAACUGCUGAGGAUAUUUUGCAGUUUUUCUCCCAACUAAAUUCAAUUUCAAAAGCAGAGCAACUAAGAGUAGAGCAACUUAUUUUUAGGGCCAACAUGAAAACCACAAGUGUGUUUCAGAGCAGACAUCGAAGGGGCCCUCUUCAAAUGGGCAUGAAGCUCACUGCUGUUGCUCAUGAGAAACAUGAAGAACGUCUCUGCUGGACAGACCGAACAAAAAACAAGAUUAUAAGGAGAACUCGAUGGACUUGAAUGAAUAGAUAAAAAAAAGAGAAAGAAUAAUCCCCCCGGACUGGAGUUACGACUGAACACUUCCUCCUGCCCGUGUGGAUCUUGCUUGUAUUUGACUCCUCCUGGUCCACAGCUCAAGCCUAAUGCCAGCUGUUCGCUAUGAACUGAGUCUCCUUUGUGCACACGGGGCAGAAAGUCUUCAACCACAGAGCUGACGUUCUCUUUCCAGGACCGACAACGAUAUUAAAAUAUGCCAUAAUCCAACACCAUGAACGUGAACUAUGCAUGUGUGCACCCUGUGAAGCAUGGCUUACAGCCGCACAACACAGAAUGAAGUCACAUCAGAUCGAAUAUCGCAAAUAAACCUCCGAUCAUUGGUUAUAAUCCUUGAGCCAAAUGUGUUUCUUUGUAGAUGAAAGUUUAAAGUCACAGCUCUGCCUGCAAGAAUCCAUUGAGCGUUGUAAAUAUCCCUCAGUGUAACUUCAUGUCUCCUUUUUGUGUGAAGCAAUUGUGUCUCUUAAGCAAAGGACCUACAGUGAAGGAGGAGGCACAGUCACAAAUAAAUAUGAACCCAGCCAACGUAUAUUUUUGCUAACUCGGGUGCCAGAUCGAGGUCACCAGAGAGACGCACGAGCCAGAUCUCUAUGUAUUAUAGCACUGUAGAUUCAAGACAUGUAUUUCUCAAUUGUUUUAAAUGUGAGUAAUUUAUCUGUUUAAUUCAAGGGAAUAAAUCACAAA